CGUCAGAGUUGGAGUGGGGUGUGUGUUGUGUGUUGUGUGAAGUACACAGUCGUUGCACUUCACGGAAGAGGCUCGCCUUAAGAACGUUGUGGCGUACGUCUUAGAGUAUACUUUGCCAGUUUGAGAGCGUACUAUGCCUUCUUCAAAUUGAAGAACGGCCGGUACGAGACGGGACGAGACGAGGUGAGACUAGCUCGACCGAGCCAAACCGGCACAGAAUCAACAAAGCGCUCCAGCAUGAACGAGACGGCGGGCCUGCGCUUCCGGAGGCAAAACAGACAUGACGUCAUCAGCGACCACCCAGCCGAUCGCGUGCGCAAGGGCAACGGUGCAGUCACUUUCUUUUGCGAGGAUAUGACUUCUUGUUGCGCUGGUGAUGACAUGGCUUCCCAUUGCAGAACAUAUAGUGGACGUGUGUUCCGAGCGACGCUGCUGUCGGUGGGGGGCUUGCUGCUUCUGCCCCUGCUAGUCAUCGUGCUCAUCUUGGAGUCGCCCAUCCAGCCCGAUGUCCUGGUUCUGAAGGAGCCGCCGGCCAUGUCGGGCUGCUGGGAAGCAAACGCCAAACUGCGUCUCGCUCGCCGACUCUACGAAGACGCCGUUGCCGGACCGGAGUCAAUCGCCAACAUCGGAGACGUUUUUUAUAGCGGAACAGCUGAUGGCAGGAUUGUAAAGAUGAUUGGUCGAAGGAUUCACACGGUGGCCAGAUUGGGAAAACCUCCUUGUGAGUCCGCGCAGUACGAGGUGACCUGCGGGAGGCCCUUGGGCAUCCGAGUGGGACCCAACGGGACUUUAUUUGUAGCAGACGCUUACCUGGGUGUCUUUGAGGUCAACCCCACCACAGGCGAGUCCACUCGGCUGGUGGCGGGUGGCCAGGAGGUGGGCGGCAGGAAGUUGCUGUUUAUCAACGACCUGGCGGUGACGCAGGAUGGCAAGAAGGUGUACUUCACCAGCUCCAGCAGCAGGUGGCAGCGCAGAAACUACCUUCACCUCAUCAUGGAGGCCAGCGCUGAUGGGCGGGUGCUGGAGUAUGACACAGAGAGCGGAGAACUGAGCGUGGUCAUGGACAACCUGCGAUUUCCCAACGGUAUCCAGUUGCUUCCCGACGAGGAGUCCGUCCUGGUGGCAGAGACCACGGUAGCCCGAAUACGUAGGGUCCACGUGGCAGGACUAAACAAGGGCGGCAUGGACACGUUCGUGGACAAUCUUCCCGGUUUCCCUGACAACAUCCGGCCCAGCUCGAGCGGUGGCUACUGGGUGGCUAUGUCCACCGUGCGCCCCAAUCCUGGAUUCUCAAUGUUGGACUUCCUGUCCCAGAGACCCUGGAUAAAGAAGUUACUUUUCAAGCUCUUCAGCCAGGACGCCAUGAUGAAGUUCGUCCCUCGUUACAGCCUGGUGGCCGAGCUCCACGACGGCGGCAUCUGCUCACGAAGCUUCCACGACCCCGACGGGCUGGUUGCGGCGUACGUGAGCGAAGCGCACGAACAUGACGGGAGCCUUUACUUGGGCUCCUUCCGAUCACCUUACCUUGCAAAACUGGACCUGAGCCUCGUGUAAUGGCCGUGUCCAUCGAGCCCAUCCGUCUUUUGUUGCUUGGGAUCACACCAUCAAUCUUUUCUAUUUAUACUUAUCCACUCGUCUUCCUUCCAUCCCUUUUAAUUUCCUCACUUGUCCACUCGCCUUCCUUCCAUCCCUUUUAAUUUCCUCAUUCCAUGCUCCCUUUAGUCUUGAUAUUGCAUGCGAAUCUAAAAACGCUGUUCGGCUUAAGUGAAGAAAAGUGUAUAAAAUUAGAGUAAAUAAUUAUCUGGCCUACCCACAGCAGAGGAUGUGACGGGGCUGGGUUUCGGGUUUUGAUUCAUCGUCAAAAUCAAACCUUGCGAACCUCCGUCCAAAGCAAAUUGUUGCGUUUUUCACCAUGGAGCAGAAAAAGUGAGAAAAUGUCAACGGUGGGAGAUGAUCUAAUUAGUUUGGACUGAAUAAAACUAAAUUAAUUUCUGCA